UGGAGUGGAUGCCUGCAAAGUUGUUCUUGCCAAGACUUCUGUGGAGCACUCAAAAUGACACAGCCAUAUAUUCAAACAGAGUUGCUGCUUUUAACGAUAUAUCUGCUUGUCCUUGGUGCAUCACUGCAAAAGGUCACAAACUCAGUAGCAACAAGUUAUGUUCUAAAAGGAUGGGUUCCAAAUGUGCCACCUGCAAGAGGCUCAGGAGAGGAAAAUGGAGUUCAAGGGCCCCAGGAUCCAGUGGGAGCACCUAGCACCCGUGGGCCACGAAGAAAUGAUGGAUCAGCACCUGAAAAGAGAUUAAGAAGAGACACUGAUGAAGCAGAGCUUGAGUAUCUUAGAAAGGAAAUAAGGGACGUACAAACUCAACUGAAUGUUUACAAAGCAGCUGUCAACAAAACCCUGCAAGUUCUCCUCAUCCCAGACGGUGUGAUGGUCAGUGGCAAAAUAUUCAAAACUGAUGGCUCAACUGGUGACUACGAGACCGCAAAAAUUCUCUGCUCACAAAUGGGGGCCACAAUUGCCUCACCAAGGAAUGCCGCGGAGAAUCAAGCAGUACGCCAAAUAGUGGAGUGGCAGAACAGAAACGCUGUUCUAGGAAUCAAUGACAUCGAAACAGAAGACAGGUUUGUCUAUACAAAUGGGGAAAUAAUAGGAUACUCGAAUUGGGCAUCGGGAGAACCAAAUGAUCUUGAAAAUGAAGACUGCAUAGAAAUACAUCCGAAUGGCAAAUGGCAUGAUCGACAUUGUGGACUUGAUUUGUUAGUCAUUUGUGAAUUUUAAAAUAUCCCUCUGCUUUUAUUUUCUCUGGAACCAACAGAAAUGCAGUGGUGUAACAGUUAAGUUUAAUUGUGUUCACUUUCAGUGGCUCCACAGUUUGAAGAGUCACUGUCAUGGAUGAUUUUGAACUGAGAUCUUACCAUGUGUAUUACAUUUUUGCGCAAAGUUAACAGCUGCUCAGCUCUAGAUGGAUUGUUGAUUUUGAGUUUCACCAGCAUGUGUUGUUUUGAGUUUGAGAUUUCCACUUUUAUUCUGUUCCUUGCCUGGUACCUUACAGUCUUACAGAUAAUUUUUAUAUGCUUACUUGACACGAGGACUAGGACAGAAUAAGGGUCUGGUGUCAUGGGUAUAGAGCAGGCAGAAAGCUCUCAGUUCAAAGCAGUUAAAAGAAUCUCAGGUGGCAGUGCUAUAGAGCACAGUGGAAGACUUCCUUCCAGUUGCACCUAGUGAGGGGGGAUGCCAUUGUGCCCGCUCAUUCUUUGAGACUUGGUGUAAAGUCUUCAAUAGAACAGAAAGGAAGGGAAUUUCAGCUCCUUCCUACUAGCUAGCUGAUUAACAAAGUGCAGAGCCCAUCCCAGGCAGUAAUGCCAUGAGAUUGCUUGUAACUCUGUCAGGGCUAGCAGUGGCCGCCGCUGGGCGGGGCACUGGGCGGUCUGCUCCUGACAUCAAAGGGGGGGCCAGGGAUUCUGCAGGACCCUGCUCUGUGGAAGGAGGGGCGGUAUACCUCACCCAGACUCCCUUUCAGUCCACUCGCUGGCCUGCUCAACCUGUGCCACUCACCCACUUUGGUCUCUGUGAUCAUCUCCUCCUCCUCCUCCUCCUCCUCCUCCUCCAUCCACUCUCCUCCUAGCCUUUGCUCUCGCACUGCUCUGCUUCCGCUUCCACACCAUCACUCCUUACGCACACCCAACCACCCCAGAGCUCUUCCCAGCCAGCUUUUAUAGGGCCUUCUCUCCGCACCCCGCCCUCCUUGCUGGUCCUGCCUGCCAGGCCACACCCCUCCUUGGCCUCCCAGCAUUGACCUGGGCUCUCUCAAGCUGCUGCAGCUGGAGUAGCUGGCUGGGCUGCCUGGAUCAGCAGCAGCUGCGUUAGGUUGGCUGGCUGCCAGGCCUCUCUGGCUGAGCCGAUUACUGAAGGUAGGCCACAGCUGUGGCGCCUUGGCUGGCUGCCCAGCUCUUCCCACAGAAUGCCUUCAGCAGCUCCACCUGGAGGGGCUUGGUUGUGAGCAUCUCCUGAGCCAGGCUGCUGACUUCAAGCUGAGGUGGAGGCUGGUGCAUGGCUCUGAGCUGCUGUGGCUGCUUCUCUUCCCUUGCCAGGUAAGAGCUCUGUUUCGGCUGCUGCUGGGCCCCUAUUCCCCCUGCCUUGGCCCUUUUCUUCUGGCCUGCUUAGCCCCCUCUCCUCCCCCUGGAGGGUGGGACUAGCUGGUCUCUCCCUGCUCCCUCCAGCCCUCUGAGGCUCUGGCCUUUUGCCCCUUCCCCCUGGAGUAGGCAGGUUCUGGACCUGGUUGCUGGCUGGGGUGGCAGGGUUGCUGCCUCCUGGUUGCCUCCCACUGUUCCUUCCUGGCAAGUCUGGGGGCUGGGACCUAGACCCUGGACAAACUCAUCUAUAGCUCAAGUAGUUGGUAGGUUACAGUGGGAUUUCUCCUUGUUGGUUUAACCUCCAGAUGGGUCCAGGAGAUCUCCUGGAAUAACAACUGAUCUCCAGACUGCCAAGAUCAGUUCCCCUGGAGAAAAUGGCUGCUUUGGAGGGUGGGCUCUCUGGCAUUAUACUCCGCUGAGGUCCCUCCCCUCACCAAACCUUGCCCUUCCCAAGCUCCACCCCUAAAUCUCCAGGAGUUCUUCAAACUGGAAUUGGCAAACCCUGGUCACAGCUCUCAGUUUGGCCAGAGACACAGCCUUUCUUCCCUGUCUGGCCUUGGCAAGCUCUCUAUAUGGUUGUGCAAGAAGCAGAGCCUCCUCUUUUUUUGCAAACUGAAACUAUAGGAGAGCUGUAAUAUAAGGAAGUUUUCUCAAAGAAAUGUUUCAGUAAAGGGAUACGGAGUGACUAUAGACUUUACUACUAUUGCUGUAAGCAUGAUAGAUGGUAGACUUUAAUUUGUUGACACUGUUAUUGCUGUAAGUAUGAAACUACUGGGUAGAUUCUAUGUCGUUUAAUAUGUCAGUCUUAGAAUUACUUAUGCUGUGUUUGAGCAUUUCUGUAUUGGAUUUCUGCUGGUUUUAAAUUUUUGCAAAUUUGCAUGUGUAUACCCUAUUACAUGUGUUUUGAAAUGUCUUUGAAACUGACUGUAUUGACUCACCCUGUGUAAUCCCCGUUGAGUUUCAAUGAGAAGGGCCCACUAUAAAUAAUGUAAAUAAAUAAAUAUAAAUAAAUAAAUCUCUACCCCAAAGCAAAGAACCCAUCCAGCUUUCUUCUGCUUCCUCAGUGCAGGAGGCGAUUCAGGAGAAACCUGGAGGCAUUGACUUUGCAUCUGCAGGAAGUGCCCAUUCAAACACUGGGCUUGGAACCUCCCAACAUUUUAUGAUUGGCCCUGUGAUGUUUGAAAUAACUCCAUUCUUCAAUCCAAGCCAACACAGUGGUUAAGCAGUUUUACUGCAAAUCAGCACUCUACUGGUUUGAAUCCCACCACUGCCAUGAGCUCAGUAGGUGGGUAAGCCCCUCCUCUCAGGCCCAGCUCCCCAGCAGUAUUGUGGGGAUAAUAACACUAAGCUGUUCACCACUCUUGAUGAGGCACUAACCUGUCUAGAAGAGCAGUAUAUAAGCACAGUUAUUAUUAUUAUUAUUUUAUGCUGUCCUGGUUUAACAGCAUGCACCAGGGGUUGCCAUAAGUCAACUAUGACUUGAGGGUAGGAUUUCACUUCAAUCCACUACAGAAUUUACUGUCGUCUACAGCAGGGGUCCCCAACGUGGCACCCAAGGACACCAUGGUGUCUGCUGACAGCUCUUCUGGCACCCAAGUGUUUUUAGAAAGUGGGCAGGGCCCAAUGGUGCUCUCACCCAGCAGGGCUUCUGAUUGGCUGUGCAAUUUAAAAUAAAAAUAAAAAUACUGUUUCAGCAGCAGCUUCCAA